ACCAUGAAUAACACCUGUGACUCCAGGAACCUCACUUGGCCCUCACCCCUCCAGCACAUCUUCUAUGCCUACUCAGGCAUGGUGCUGGUGCUGGGCCUGUUGCUCAACGGCCUGGCACUCUGGGUGUUCUGCUGCCGCAUGCAACAGUGGACAGAGACCCGCAUCUACAUGACCAACCUGGCGGUGGCGGACCUCUGCCUGCUGUGUGCCAUGCCCUUUGUGCUACACUCCAUGAAGGGCACCUCAGACACGCCGCUGUGCCAGCUCUCCCAGGGCAUCUACCUGACCAACAGGUACAUGAGCAUCAGUCUGAUCAUGGCCAUUGCUGUCGACCGCUAUGUGGCUGUGCGGCACCCGCUACGUGCCCGCUGGCUCCGGUCCCCGCAGCAGGCCGUGGCCGUGUGUGCAGUGCUCUGGGUGCUAGUUAUCAGCUCCCUGGUGGUCCGCUGGAUCCUGGGAAUACAGGAGGGUGGCUUCUGCUUCACAAGCCAACCCCGGCACAACUCCAGCACUGUGCUGUUCUCGCUGAUGGGCUUCUACCUGCCGCUUGCCGUGCUGGUCUUCUGCUCCCUUCAGGUGGUGACUGCCCUGGCCCAGAGGCCAUCCACUGAUAUGGGGCAGGCAGAGGGCACCCGAAAGGCUACUCGCAUGGUCUGGGCCAACCUGGCCGUGUUCGUGGUCUGUUUCCUGCCACUGCACGUGGUGCUGACAGUGCGUGUGGCCAUGGGCCCGUCCUGUGGUCUCCCGAACAUUCUCCGCCGUGCCCUCUACCUAACCAGCAAGCUCUCGGAUUCCAAUUGCUGCCUGGAUGCCAUCUGCUAUUACUACAUGGGCAAGGAGUUUCAGGAGGCAUCUGCACUGGCUGUGCCCCCUGGUGCCAAGGCUCACAAGAGCCAGGAUUCUCUGUGCAUGACCCUCACCUAGGAUGUAUGCUGUGGGUGCUGUGGACCAGGUCUUGGGGUCUCUGGUAGGUGCUGCCUACCAGAAGUUGUGGCCAGAAGCAAGGAGCCCAGGACUGGCCGUGAACUAGCUCUGGGCCAUGGACACUCUCUGGGAGUCCUAGGACCGGCCAUGAACUUACCCUGGACUGUGGACACUCUCUGACAGUCCCAGGACUGGCCUUGAACAUGCCCUGGAUUGUGGGUACUUUCUGGGAACCCCAGAACCAGCUGUGAACGCACCCUAGGCCAUGGACACUCUCUGGGAGCCCCAGGGCUGGCUGUGAACUUGCCCUGGGCCGUGGGCAUUCUCUAGGCUUUCCAGGAUCGGUUUGAUGCCAGCCUUCUGCCACAGCCUCCCACCCUCCACCACUGGGGCUAGAAUAAAGCUUCUCA